UUUUGCUUCAUAAUAAAUUGAUCCAGCUAUAUGUGUGUACCUGACACUCAAGGAAUCAGAGCUUGUUAAAUAAACUAUUAACUUAAGAAUUUAUCAGCAUAUGAAGAGUCGUGGCUGUAUGUUGAAGCUAAUGACUGCUAGCUAAUGCUAUCACUGAAGCUUACCUGACGCUGAGUGGAGAACAGCAUGAACAGGCUGAGUUAAGACAUUUCUCCUUACAGGAGGGAGUCUGGCUGUGUCCUGCAGGAUGCUCCGAGAGUCGUACCCCUUCGUGGAGGACAGUUUCAGCCGCUUCCCGUCGCAGAGCAACAUUUACGGGUUGUGUCAGGCCGGGGAACAGGAGCUGCUGGCCGCCACUCUCAAAGGGAAGGUGGUGUGCUUUAGGUACCAGGAGCUGCAGCAGAAGGUCCGACCUGUGGCCAAAGAAGUCCAGUUCACCUACAUACCGGUUGAUGCAGAGAUUGUAUCAAUUGAUGCCUUCACUAAGUCUCCACCCAAAAGAGGCCUGGUGGUGGGCAUCACCUUCAUAAAGGAUUCUGGUGACAAAGCCACUCCAUUCCUGAAUAUCUACUGUGACUAUGAGCCCGGCUCUGAGUUCAACCUGGAGUCUAUUGCACAAAGCUGCCUGAAUCUGGAGUUGCAGUUCACACCCUUCCAGCUCUACCACACAGAAGUGCAGUGUGCCGACGGAGGCAGGGAGACAGUGUUCCUGCUCAGUGGUCACGAUCAGAGGAUCCACCUGUACAAAGAGAAUGCCUCCCUGCACCAGUUUGAAGAGCAGCCAGUGGAGAGACUCUUCCCUGAACUGCAAGAAUUGCCCAGCAAUGUGUUAUGGUUGGAUAUGUUGAGUAUAGCUGGCAGCCGGCGACUCUCAGCGUUCGGUUGUCAGAACGGCUGUCUUGGACUGGCUCUGGUCAACCAAACUGGACCAGAGAUUUUGCAGAGCUGGCGGGUCCAGUUUGACAGUCCAAUCUCUACAGUGCUGCUGUUCCCUCUUAGCUGCCAGACUGAGUGCAUCCAGCCCAGUGUAGAGACAAGCACGGAAAUGAAAGGCUACAACCUCCUUGUAACCAGUAAUAUAGAGAUGGCAGUCAUCUACAGAGACGUCCAGGAGCGUGGUUUGUCUUGGUCUGCGUGCCUCUCAGAAAGUGACCAGUGGGACGCAGUGCUGUGUGCUCUAGUCAUUGAUCUGGAUUUUGAUGGGCAGAAGGAGGUGCUGCUGGGAACCUAUGGACAGGAACUUCUUUGUUACAAAUUUCAGCCGACAGGAGGCAGACAUGAAGGACAGUUCCAGCUGCAGUGGAGGCGGAGCUUCAAGAGUCCCUUGCUGUCCAUCAUCUACCUGGACCUGACUGGGGAUGGUCUGAGAGAGCUGGCUGUCCUCACACUGAAGGGACUGCAUAUCUUACAGCACAGUCUUACCAGCACUGCUGCUCUGGUCCUUCAGCGGCUCGCCCAGAGGGUGUCAGCACUGACAGCCAACUCUGAGCUGGAAUCAGCAAAAGCUCAAAAUACUGAGGAUGUGUCAGCUCAGAAACAGGAGUGUACGAUUCAGACACCAUCAGAUUAACAAAAAUAUGGCAGUUUGUUUCUAAAUAAGGUCACAUCAUGUGCCUCGAAAAACUCCUCUACAGCAUCGAUGACUUCAUCGACACUCUGAAAAUGGCUACCACGCAGGUGGGAUUUUGGUUUGGACAACAGACAGAAGUCAGAUGGUGCAGGUGGGGGGAGUAAGGUGUUUGGCUGCUUCUGCCUACUGCGCCGUGUGGACGGACACAUUGUCAUGAAGCAACAGUUCGAAGCUUUCCUCUCAUUUUUUCUUUGAUUUCUGUAAACAUUUGAGUUUUUGUGGACAGUGAUAUAAAGCCCCAAAAUAGGAGUUACUCCCCUUGUUUUGUGGGUGAGGAUGACAGCUUUUUGAAGUACCCUUGUAAUGCCCCCCUACAGGACUGAUUGGUUACCUGCCACCAGUAAUAGCCAUUUAUCACUGACAGGUAAAUGUUGAAAAGUUACAGUUAAAUUAAACAGAUGGAAAACAUAAAUAAACAAAGCCCUUUGAAUUGC